AAGGCUGAAAGUAUCUCUCUUGACGCCGCGUCAUCAUUUCAAAUAUUUCCGAGUCUUCUCCUUCCGCAUCGUCAUCCUUAACAUUCAUCACACUCCAACGACCACAUUGCAUAAAACCCAAAUGCCCAAAGAUAAAAACAAAUUAUGGUUACUCGAUUAUCAACAAAAUUCAUGAACAUAUGCAUAGCUUCAAUGUGCAAAUCCAAGGAAAUUGUUAAAGCUGAAUCUGUUUUAAUAGAUGGCAUCAAAUUAGGACUACUUCCUGAUGUUGUUACAUACAACACAUUAAUCGAUGGUUAUUCUCGUUUCGUUAGCAUCGAUAGAGCUUACGAUGUUCUUAAUAGAAUGAAAGAAGCAGGGAUUAACCCUGAUGUUGUUUCCUACAAUUCAUUAAUGUCAGGUGCUGUUAGAAAAUCUUCAUUUUCUAAAACCCUCCAACUGUUUGAUGAAAUGACUCAAUCAGGAAUAAGUCCUGAUGUGUGGAGUCAUAAUAUAUUAAUGCAUUGUUUGUUUAAGCUUGGGAAACCGGAUGAAGCGAAUGAGGUUUUUAAGUAUAUAGUUGAGAGUGGUGAAAUGUAUCCUUGUAUGUCGACUUAUAAUAUUAUGAUUAAUGGGUUGUGUAAAAAUGGGUAUGUUUCUAAUGCUCUUAUGUUGUUUAGGAACUUGCAGCGUAAAGGGUUUGUUCCUCAAGUUUUGACUUAUAAUGCGAUGAUUAAUGGGUUAUGUAAGGCGAAGAGAUUAGCGGAUGCGAGGAGGUUGCUUACGGAGUUUUGUGAUUAUGGUUAUGAACCGAAUGCCAUUACUUAUACGACAGUUAUGAAGUGUUGUUUUCGGUGUGGGAAGUUGGAGCAAGGGUUGGAUAUAUUGUCAGAGAUGAGGAGUAAAGGUUACACAUUUGAUGGGUUUGCGUAUUGUACUGUGGUUGCUGCGUUGGUAAAGACAGGAAGGAUUGAAGAAGCUGAUGAGAUUGCUGAGAAGAUGAUGAGUAAUUGUUUGGCACCUGAUCUUGCUUCUUAUAAUACAAUGAUAAACCUUUUAUGCAAGCAAAAGAGGUUCGAUGAGGCGUUGAAGUUGGUGGAUGAGAUAGAGAGACAAGGGCUGAAAUGUGAUCAGUACACGCACACAAUUAUAAUCCAUGGUUUUUGUAAGAAUGCCAAUUUCGAGGAUGCUAAGAAUCAUUUGGAUUACAUGAACACGUUGGGUUUUGGUUUUAAUUUGGUGGCAUUUAACUGUUAUCUUGAUUGUUUGGGUAAAGCUGGUCAUAUUGAUGAAGCAGUGAAGGUUUUUGAUACUAUGGAGGUUAAAGAUUCUUUCACUUGUACUAUCUUGGUGCACAACCUUUGCAGGGCUAAGAAGUUCAUUUUUGCUUCCAAGGUUUUGGUUUUUUAUAUAAAAUCUGGCUUUCAGAUCUUAAGGGCUACUCAAAGAGCUGUUAUUGAUGGUCUCUGUACCGCUGGUUUUAACAAUGAAGCAAUGAAAGUUAAGUCAAAAAUCCGGUCGGCUCGAUUGAAGCAUUGAUUACAUUGCAAUUGCUGUGUUUAAAUUUGGGGUGUGCAUUGAAUAUUUGAACAGUGUUAAGCUUACAAAAGAAUUACACUCUGAUUUCUGAUACAUUAAUCCGGUGAUUUGAUGGCAGUAACUGUCAUUCAAUGGGAGACUGUUAUCAUUAUUAUGCUACAAGGCAUUUGGUAAUUUGCUGAUAAACUAGGCCAAAUGCUAUAUCUUUUGAUGAUUUUUGCUUGGUCUUGCUGGAUAAAUAGCUUUUCAUGAUAUUAAUGUUGACUAAUGAAGUUCUCAUGGAAAAUGAAAACUAAUACUGUACACAAAAAGUACAGAUUUUUUUUUUUUUUUAAGGAAAAAAAGUACAGAAUUUGAGUGAACCGAAAAUGACAAAUUUAAGUGUAUUUAGGUGUAUUUGCUCCACCCCUGUCUUAGGAAUGUAGAUCUAAAAACUUAUACAACAUAUCAGGAACUAUCUUCUGACCUUGAGAAAUGUUCAACUGUUUUCCCUAGAUUGUCAGGUCAGUGUGGUUCCAAUGGAGCUCUAGAAAGCUGAGGGACCUCUUGCAUGGUUCAGAAAAAAAAAUACAUUCUCACCUAUGAUAAUAAAAAUGGAGACUGGAUGCUUGUAGGGGAUGUGCCAUGGGAGAUGUUUAUUGAUACUUGCAGAAGGCUGAAAAUCGUGAAGGGUUCUGAAUCCUGAUGCCAUUGGCUUAGGUUGCCUUCAUUUCAAUGAAACAAAAUGUCAAUUCAAGGGACUGUAGUGACCGUGACGAGAAGUGAACUACUGCCUCCAUCCGUAAAAAGCAGAAGGCUGAUUAGUUAGUGACAGAGCUCAACAAAGAGAAGGCAAAAGGCUUAUGCAGAGAAAGCGCAAAAUAGAGAAAGCAAAUUGUAUUGAAUUGGUAUUUUAGGGAGGGAACAGAAAAAAGUUGCUAAAUUGUACUUGUAAUACUUAAAGAGUCAUGUACUAAAUUGUAGUAAUAAAAAAGGGAUUUGGAUCCUCUCCAAUUUUGUACUGUAUCUUAUUGAAUCAAGAGAGUUGGUUUAUCUCACUGUGAAACCAUGAUAUUAGUGAAUGUUGUUCUCACUAAACAAUUGUCAUGUUCUUUCAUAUGAUUGAUAUUAACUUUUGUA